AUGAAAUGCAAGUAUUGUGACAAGUGCUUUAGCUUGUCAGCAAAUUGCAAGCAGCAUGAACAAACCCACACAGGAGUGAAACCUUAUCAGUGCAAGCAUUGCGAUAAAUGCUUUACACAGUCAUCAUAUUGCAAGCAGCAUGAACGUAUCCACACAGGAGAGAAACCUUAUCAGUGCAAGUACUGUAAUAAGUGCUUCAGUACUUCAUCACUUUGCAAGGAGCAUGAGCGUGUACAUACAGGAGUGAAACCGUAUCAGUGCAAGUAUUGUAAUAAGUGCUUUAGCCAGUCAUCAAAUUGCACGUACCAUGAGCGUACCCACACUUGUCCAGGAGUAAAAUCUUAUCAGUGCAAAUAUUGUGAUAAGUGCUUCACAAAGUCAUCAAAUUGCAAGCGCCAUGAACGUACACACUCAGGGAUAAAGCCUUAUCAGUGCAAGCAUUGUGAUAAGUGCUUCAGUUAUCCAUCACAUUGCGAGGAGCAUGAACGUAUACAUACUGGAGUGAAACCAUAUCAGUGCAGGUAUUGUAAUAAGUACUUUCGCCAGUCAUCAAGUUGCACGGCGCAUGAACGUACCCAUACAGGAGUGAAAUCUUAUACAUGCAAGUACUGUAAUAAGUGCUUUACACAGUUAUCACAUUGCAAGGACCAUGAACAUGCCCACACAGGAGAAAAAUCUUAUCAGUGCAAGUUUUGUGAUAAAUGCUUCACAAAGUCAUCAAAUUGUAAGCAGCAUGAACUUACCCACACAGGAGUGAAACCGCAUCAGUGCAAGUAUUGUAAUAAGUGCUUUAGUCAGUCAUCAAAUUGCACAAUGCAUGAACGUACCCAUACAGGAGAGAAAUUUUAUCCAUGCAAGUAUUGCAAUAAGUGCUUUACGUACUUAACAUCUUGCAAGCGCCAUGAACAUACCCAUACAGGAGUGAAGCCUUAUCAGUGUAAGUUUUGUGAUAAGUGCUUCACACAGUCAUCACAUUGCAAGAAGCAUGAACUUACACACACAAGAGAAAUAUUAUCAGUGUAACUUUUGCAAUAAGGGCUUUACACAGCCAUGACAUUGUGCAGAGCAUGAAUGUACCCACACAGUAGUGAAACCUAUUAAUCAGUGGAAGUAUUGUAAAAGACGUUUUCGCAUAAGUCAUAAGAUUGCAAUCAACAUGAACUAGUCAACACAAGAAAAAUGCUGUAUGAGUGCAAGUAUUGUGGCAAGAGCUUGAGUUAUUCAUCAUGUUGCAAUUAAGAGCAUGUACAUGACAACACAGGAGUGAAACCUUAUCAGUGUAAGCAUUGUGAUAAAUUUUUUUCACAGUCAUCAAAUUGCAAGUGCCUUAAAUGUACCCACACAGGAGUGAAACAUUAUCUGUGCAAGUAAUAUUGUGAGAAGUAACUUAUUCAUCACAUUGCAAGGAGCAUAUGAACAUUCUCACACAGGAGUAAAACCUUAUUAGUGCAAGUCUUGUAAUAAGUGUUUUACAUGUAGUCAUGGGUGAGGACAAAACAUGGACCAGGGGUUCAUGGACCCCCACUUUGGACCGGGUCCAUGAACCACUUUCAUGGACCGGGUCCAUGGACCCCCUGCUUUAUAGCUAUUGAAUGAAACUUGUGGUGCAUCACAUGAAAUAGAAAUAAUUCCUUUUUCCAUGACUAAUAUUAUUAGUCAUGUUCUUCAUGUCAUAUCUUUUUGGCAGAGUCAUUUGGGGUACAUGUAGGUGGUUUCUUUUUGGAAAUGAUUCCAGUUAACAACGGUAGAAAUUUCUUUAAUAACCCCCGCCCCCAGUUUGCUAAUCAACAACUUCCACCUAGUCCAGAGGUAGCCUAGCAUGUAUGGAGAUCUGGUUCAGUUUUUUAAAGCACCUACAGGGCUGUCAACUCUCCCAGAUAAUCCAGGAGACUUCAGAUUUUAAACCGUUUCUCCCGGUGUCCAGAUUAGAGUCUGAAAUCUCCCGGAUAAUCACCAAAGUUUGUCAUUUCUUGUAGAUUCGACUCUCUGACAGUGAAAUUUCAAAAAUUUUGCGCUGUUUGAGCUAUUUUUCUGUUAACAUUGAGCAUUUCCUCACAAACUCCAGUAUGCCAUUGUAAUAUAAGCAAUAAUGUGAUUGGUGGGAAGUAAAUUAGGUCAAAUGUUACAAUUAAAACAACAUCUUUUUCGGCGUUUUUUUUUGGCAAAAAAUGACGUCAUGUGCUCUGCAUUAUGACGUCAUCUAUCACCCACUGCCCAUCAAUUCUCAAUAUUUGAAGAAGUGGGGGGUUGACAGCCCUGCACCUGUGAACCAUCACUUUAGAGUUUGCUAUCUGAUACUCUAAAUUAGAAUCCUUCCUAAGCAAAACAUUACGUUGGGAGUCGUCAGCAUACCAAAGGUACUGGACUUGUGAGCCAUUAAGUAGCGGAUAAUCGAUGUGUACAUUCACUGUACAGCAUAAUUAAAUAAAAGAAGUCCUAUUAAAGAUGGAGGAACUCAACAAAUUUUCACGCGAAAUAAAUUGACAACUAGACUUAAAUUGAGCCUUGGCACUUGACUAUUUGCUUCAUUUAAGUAGGGAGGGGCUGGGAGGGGUAUUUGAGCGUAAAGCCUGUAGUGGGUGCCCCCCACGCCAACCCGGAUAGACCCUGGGGACGAGAUAAUUUACAGCGGGACACGCGGGACACACUAAUCAGCGGCAUCAGCGGUCUAUCUUCUGAGCGGUCGCUAAGCAAAAAGCAGACAAGAUGGCGGAUCGAUGGUGGAAAAAAUUGCGGGCCUUUCCUUGACCUGUGAUUGACCGACUGCACUUAUCUCUUCACCUCAUUCUGUUCCGCAGAUAUUAGAGGUAAAUGAUUUGAAAGACUAAAUAACUUUUCUGCAUUCCCCAGACAUGCACAUGUUAAGUUAAGCAAGCGUGUUUUUCUAUUGUCUGUGCAAAUUAUUUAACAUGUAUGAGCAAAUAUGGUUUACAUCAUCUUACUUCCCGAGUUCCCCAUUAGGGUUCCCUUGAUCACAAAUGUGCCGUUAAAGAUCUACAAGUGUACGAUGCCCAUACAAACGCAAUAUUAAAGAAUCUUUGCAUCUUACAGAUAAAUGGUAUUUGUCUACAUGCAGCAGAAAUAGUUAAAAUAAUGUUUCUAUAUAAAACCGGAUUGUUACUCGAUAUAUGUCAAAAACUUUUCUACUAAGGAAUUAAGUUCAUGGUUGUAAUACUAGGAAUUCCAAUUCCUUCCAUAAGUGCAAAACUAACAUAAGACUUUUUUUUUGUCAGUACUAAGGUCCUUCGUUUUUUACAGCUGAUUUCUUUCCUAUUUUAUGUUGCAGUUUAUUUUUUAUUUCAGUUAAUUUUUGUUUUUCCUUUGUUUUUUCCUUUGCAACAUAAACACCUGAGUUCGAAUGUAUUUCUGUAGGCGAUUUCAUAAUGGACAAAAUAUUAUCAAUACAGUGAAAAGCCAAAUAGUCUGAUGUUUUAUUGUUUAGUCUUAUUCUGUAUGACAAGGUUUCGGUAUUUUGGCAUUGAUGAAUGCCCUCAAUUUACAUGUAACAGUGAUGCAAAUUUAGUUAGCAGGGAGGCAAAUUUGUAUUUCCUGUAGUUGGUACUUUUUCGUCCUUUCUUAGCAUCUGCAUGGUUAAAACAUAACAGGAAGACUUGAUGUUUUGCAGAAGAAAUCAACAGAUAAAAAUAUCAGUCUGCCCAUGUGAAAGAAUUUGCUGGAAAGUUUUGUUUUGUCAAUCCCAGAAAAAUAUCACGGUCCUCAAUCUAUGACCCUAGUGAACUCAAAUUAAGAAAACCUUGAAUAAAAGAAAGCAACAGAUGAUUGUCAAUGAAAACUAACCACAGUAGAACUAAAGCUUAUUCAUGGCAGACAAGUGCUCCAAAAAAUAAAUUAAUAUUGUAAGUUAACAACAAACUGACUAUGAAAUUAAAAAUUGAACCAGCACAAAACAUUUUGUACCAGUUUAAUAUAUUCUGUACUGGUAAAAAAACAAAUUGUACCAAAGUGCAAAUUGAACUACAACAUAUACACAGCACUGAAAUCAACUGUAACUCAACAAGUCUAGAAAUUCAAAGCUAAGUUAGUAUGUCAAUUUUUAAGAGCAAACUGAAAAAAUAUUUAUCAAUUAUCUUGUACCUUUUCCUUCAUCUCCCUCCCUUUUUCCUUUUCUUUGCGUUGGUCUUUUGUCUUUUUUUCUUUCUUUUUCUUUAAUACCUUAUUAGUACGUAGUGUUACUCAGCCUUGGCUGUUCAAUUAUUAUUUUUUAGUGCUCUUUGUAAUUUAGUAGAGAAAGCCUCCUUUGCAUAAGCCUCAUGGUUUUUUUGGGCUUUCUUGCCUUUUUCUCAUAAUUCCUUCUGCUUUAUUGUUUUGUAACAUCAUAAUGUGGCUAGAUAAAAAAAAUAAUAAAUAGAGAUAAAAUAAAGAUAUUCUAAAUGUAAACAUGUUCAAUUUCAGGGUUCUAAAGAUAAGAACAUACAAUGUCCAUAAGUGAGGAGCCAUCAAGUUUAAUGCUACCAAAGGUUAUGAAAUGCAAGUAUUGUGACAAGUGCUUUAGCUUGUUAGGAAAUUGCAAGCAGCAUGAACGUACCCACACAGGAGUGAAACCUUAUCAGUGCAAGUACUGUGAAAGGUGCUUCAGUGCUUCAUCACAUUGCAAAGAACAUGAACGUACCCACACAGGAGAGAAACCUUAUCAGUGCAGGUAUUGUAAUAAGUGCUUUAGCCAGUCAUCAAAUUGCAAGCAGCAUGAACGUACCCACACAGGAGUGAAACCUUAUCCGUGCAAGUAUUGUAAUAAGUGCUUUACACAGUCGUCACAUUGCAAGGAGCAUGAACAUACCCACACAGGAGAAAAAUCUUAUCAGUGCAAGUAUUGUAAUAAGUGUUUCACACAGUCAUCAAAUUGCAAGCGACAUGAACUUAUCCACUUAGGAGUGAAACCUUAUCCGUGCAAAUAUUGUGAAAAGUGCUUCAGUUAUUCAUCGCAUUGCAAGGAGCAUGAACGUACCCACACAGGAGUGAAACCUUACCAAUGCAACUAUUGUAGUAAGUGCUUUACACAGUCAUCACACUGCAAGGAGCAUGAACGUACCCAUACAGGAGUGAAACCUUAUCAAUGCAAGUAUUGUGAAAAGUGCUUCAGUGCUUCAUCACACUGCAAGGAGCAUGAACAUAACCACACAGGAGUAAAACCUUAUCAGUGCAAGCAUUGUGAUAAGUGUUUUUCCCAGUCAUCAAAUUGCAAGCGCCAUGAACGUACCCACACCGGAGUGAAACCUUAUCAGUGCAAAUAUUGUGAAAAGUGCUACAGUAUUUCAUCACACUGCAAGGAGCAUGAACGUACUCAUACAGGAGUAAAACCUUAUCAGUGCAAAUAUUGUAAUAAGUGCUUUACACAAUCAUCUCAUUGUAAGGAGCAUGAACGCAUCCAUACAGGAGUAAAACCGUAUAAGUGCAAAUAUUGUGAUAAAAGUUUUAGCAAGUCAUCACAUUGCAAGCAACAUGAACAUGUCCACACAGGAAUUAAGCCCUAUGAGUGUAAGUAUUGUGGUAAAGGCUUCAGCCAGUCGUUACAAUGCAAGCAGCAUGAACUUACACACACAGGUGUUAAACAUGAUGAAUAAAAGUAUUGUUAUAAUUAUUGCCUUUCAUGGUCAUCAUAAUUUAAAUUGAUUACAAAAAAUAUGAACCUGUGAAUGUAUCAACGUAAAGGAGCCUACACGUAGAAGUUGUGGCAGUUAUCGACUAAGAUUAUUGUGUCAUGCCAAAAGUUGUUUCUACUUGUUUAUUUAAAGGCCAGUUAAAAUGUUGCAAAACCUUAAGCUGUUUAAAAAGUUUGGAGCAAAAGCAAAUGAACUCAUUCCUUGAUUGUUUGAUGUAUAUCCAUAUGAUUUUAGAGAAAGUCUUUAAAAAUAAAGGAGUUUGUGUUGAAGGAAAUCAACUAAUGAUGCUCUUCUUUUAGGCUCAUUAGUUAGUUUGAUCACCAUUUUAGACUAUAGAAAUUCUAGCACUGUGAAACCUGGAUCACAGAAACCUGUCUAACCCUAAUCUAACCUUUUUCUUAUAUUAUAGUGACUUGCCGGGUUGAUCUGGUCUAGGUUUUGUUGACACCAAGGUGUAAAAUGGUGUUUUAAAGUUUAGCAUAUGUUAACCUGUAAAAGAAGGAUGUUGUGGGUUAUUAGUGAAGUGUAACAUGGGGUUAGGAGCCCAGGAGAAUAGGAAGUGGUAGGGGUAUGGGAGGAGCAGAGCAAAGGGCAUUAGGUGCAAGUUCUAAAAGGGUGAAAAGUGGGGAAAUAUAUGGGGAAAUUAUGCAGCAAUACUUAAUAUUUUCUAUUAGACAAAGGGCUUAAGGGGGAAAGCCAUAAAAAAGGGGCAAGAAGGCAAUUGGAGGCCAGAAAUGCAAGGAACAGGAGGUGGGAGGUUUGGAUCCCCCCCUCCCCCGCACCCCCCUUUAAUAGAAUAAGAAUAGAAUAGAAUAAUUCUUCAUUUAAACACUUAAAAUUCAUCUGGAGUAUAAAAAAAAUUAUAAAUAAACCUAACUACCCUGAGCAAUAUGCAAAACUGUCUACAACUAACCUAACAAAGAACUGUUUUUCAUGAAUGCUGUGUACUCAGUACUUUAAAAAUCAAUAGGAAGAUUAAGAAGAUUAAUAGAACAUGUUAUUUGACUUGUCCAACUCUUAUUGGUAGAGUAGAGUGGGCCAACACUAAAGCUUCAUAGUUAUGGAUUGAAAUGUUUAGCCAGCACCAGUAAUAAAAUUAAUGAAAGAUUGUUGAGAAAUUUGUCAUGUUCUACUGUCAUUUAAACUUUUGGAGUUCUUUAGGGUAGGUGGUUGCUUUUUGGAAGUUAUUCCAUUGGUUUUUGAAAUAACAGUCCCAACUUAAAAAUGAAACCCAUUUUUAUGCGGGAUUACGUAGUCAGCUAGUGUCAUAAAUUCGGCAGUGCAUUCCUUUCAUAUUUUUCUUGGGAGCAAGAACUUGAAAUCUUUUAUUUAACCAUUUUACAUGCCCGUAAAAAAAUUGUGUGAUUUUUAUUGGGUGCAACUUCGAAUCAGGUGCAAGUCAGGUUGGAUUGCACAAGCAGAAAAAAGAUACUGUGUCAGCAAAGAACGUUCUACUCGCUAAGAAACUCUUCAGGUCAGCUUGUAUGUAGCAUGUCUAUCAGAAAGCUUUUUAAAAGAAAGUGUUGUUACAUGUGAGCACGCGUUGAUAUUCGAAGAUCGUUCCACUUGAAUUCACAUGUAACAUAAUCCUUGACUAUAAACGUGACAAGCUGCACAUUUUUCGAAUUUAACACCUUUUCAAAAUAGCAUUAAAAUUUAUUCUUCAAAUAAGGAUGGUUCAUUAGUUAGUUUUUCAAAGGAAAUUCUUACUUCUGCUCUGACAGGCAUAAAAUAUGGUCAGUGGCGCGAAACAAAAGUUUUGUAUUUUAAAAAAUCUCUAAAUAAACACAGGAGUCUCCUCAGUUUUCAAUAAUUAAAUAUUUUUACCUGAUUUUUACUGCUGUGUUUGCGAGGCUAAAACGUAACUUAAGAUUUUUACUCCAAAAAAAUACGAUGUAUAAAACAAGAAACAAUACGAGUAUUCUUGUGAUUGUUAUAGAGAAAGGUAUGUAAAUCUAUUGAGUCCCAUAUAUCUUUGGUGCUGUGUCAUUACUUAUCACGUUACUGAUAUUGUUACCCUGUGUUACCUUUUCUUACCCUGUCCUACCCUUUGUUACUCUUUGUUACCUUUGUUACCCUGUGUUCUCCUGUGUUACCCUGUGCUACCUUUGUUACCCUUUAUUACCCUGUGUUACCCUUUGUUACCCCGUGUUCCCCGUGUUACCCUUUGUUACCCUGUGUUACCCUUUGUUACCCUUUCUUACCCUGUGUUACCCUUUGCUAUCCUCUGUUACCGUUUGUUACCCUGUGUUACCCUGUGUCGUCCGUUGUUACCCUGUGUUACCCUUUGUUACCCUGUGUUACCCUGUGUCAUCCGUUGUUACCCUUUGUUACCCUGUGUUACCCCGUGUUAUCCUUUGUUACCCUGUGUUACCCUUUGUUACCCUUUGUUACCCUGUGUUACCCUUUGUUAUCCUCUGUUACCGUUUGUUACCCUGUGUUACCCUGUGUCGUCCGUUGUUACCCUGUGUUACCCUUUCUUACCCUUUCUUACCCUGUGUCACCCUGUGUUUCCUUGUGUUACUUUUUGUUUCCCUGUGUUAUCCUUUGUUACCCUGCAUAAGUAUUGUUUGCAAUUUCUCUUGGGACGGCUGUAUUACCCAAGAGAACUGAAAAAUAAAGGUUAUGCAAAAUUUUGGGAGUGUUGAUUCUUUAUCAUUAGCUUGCUCCAGGCUCAGAGAUGAAGUCGGGUCCGCUGAAUUGAGAAAGCGCGAACACGAAAUUAAAACGUGCUUUUUACUUUCGCAUCUUUCCCCACUAUCUGGUAUCGGUAUCAUAGAUAACGGUCAUAAUGGCGACUUCCAUUGGGGAGGGGUAGGGCAUUCCGCGGGGAGCAGGGUAUCUUCUGAGCGGUCGCUAAGCAUGCAGACAAGAUGGCGGACACAGGUUGUUGUUUAGUUUGUUAACUUUUGCUUGCCUUUCCGAACCCUGUGAUUCACCGAAUGCACUGAUUUGCUCUGAAUCUGUUAAUAAGAUAUCUCUGGUAAGUGAUUGCUACUGAAAACGCCCCGGGAGUUUCUCAAACGGGUACAUGUUAAGUGAGCACGCGACAAAGUGUCCAGCGUGAACUUCAUUCACAUUUUUACAUUCACACAUUUUUUAUUGAGUCUUUAUUAUAGAAAUAGGCGCAAGCUCCUUCUCUAAUUUUUUUAAAGAAGGGUAUGAAAAGUUACUAAAUGGUUCUCUCUCGACAGCUCGGUUAUCUGCUAAUCAUACUUUUGACUUCAGCUCUCUAAUGUUGAUCUUACAUUACUGCAAUACUGGUGCUAGAAUGGACCAAUGUUACUAUCUUAAGCCUAGGCCUGUUUCACACUGGCAAAAUAAUUACUUCACAACAUAGUGACAUAAUGAAUUAAAAAGCUUAUCUCGCUUAUGUAUGGUGGCUCGUAAGUACUUAUGUGAUAAUCAACAUAACAACAUUACUAGAAGUAAAAACAGAAGGUGGCACAGUAGACUCUCCUUGUUGCGUUUACCUCUAUUUUGCCUUCUAAAGGAAGUGCUCCAGCUUCCUCUCAUUAAUCUACUCAACAUAUUGUCGGUGAAAUCUGUCCACCAGCCACAGGCCCUUAAAUUUGCCUCCCGCUGGCACAAAAAGGAGUUGACUUGUCAAGUGUUUUUCAGAAUUAUUUCCAGUAUGCCAAUCAAUUACAUAACUAUAAAUUACAUGAUAUGCCCUAAGAUAAAACUUUUAUAAACGAUGCACAAGAACUAAUAUCGGGAAACAAUAAAAAUCAUUUUUUUCCUUAUGCCGUUAUGUCCCAUGAUGUUGUUACAAUGUGAGUGUCUUAAAACAAAGACCCCUAAGACCCCUCACCGAAUGACUCUGGGCCCAGUUGUUCGAAGGCUGAUUAGCGCUAACCCAGGGUUAGAUUUUGAUCCCGGUUUCUUUUUUUGUUGUCCAAAAGUAUUUUCUCGGAUAAUUUUCCCCAUUUUUCCUAAAGCAUCGAAUCAUCGAAUCGUAGGGGAAAAGAAUUAAACUAAAUUUGCCUUUUCAGCUUUCAUAUCGGGAAUUCAAAUUUUUCACUAACUCUGGGUUAUCUUAACCCAGCUUUGAACAACCCGGCCCUGAACUUUAUUGAUUAAGGUUAGGAAACUGAGUGAAUCCGGUUCCAUUUAAGUCAUUAUACUGGGCAAACUGACCUGAAGGUUGAUUCACUCAGUUCCCUUACCCUUAUUUUAGCAGGUCUUAAGGGUCUUUGUUUUCAAGAUACCUGUUAUAAUGUUGUUAUGUCAGCAUGUUUACGCUACAAACCAAACAACAUAACCACCUUCAUAUGCCAUUAUACUUAUAUCAUUAUGUCACAAGUGUGAACCAGGUUUUAAGGGUUAUACUUGGCUUCGAAGCCUGUAGAAAUACGACAAAAAUUGGAUUAUUUCUCCCUGAAUCCCAAGGUAAUUUAUUUUGUUUUAUUCCCCCAAUCCUUGGGGCAAAGUAUGAAUUUCAAUCAAAGUGUGGAAUUCUUCUUGGAUUAAAUCAUCUUUAAACAAUUUGUCCACAAGUUCCUAUAGUGUUACUGUAAUUAAAAAUAUGCUGCUAAGAUACAAUGUAUCCUAAUGUAACACUUUUGAAUUUCAGGUUUCUAAGGUGAUAUUGUAAAAGAGAACAACUUACCAUGUCCAAAAGUGAGGAAUUAUCCAGAGUAAGCAGACCGGUGCCACCAGAGUAUAAUUCUAAUAAGUGUUUUAGUGACUCAUCAACUGGAAAACAGCAUCAACAUAUACAGACCAGAGUGAAACCUUAUAAAUGCAAAUAUUGUGAUAAACACUUUGGGUAUUCAUCAAAUUGCAAGAAUCAUGAACGUAUUCACACAGGCGAAAAACCUUAUCAAUGCAAGUAUUGUGAUAAAUGGUUUGGGGAUUUAUCAACUUGCAGGAGUCAUGAACGUAUUCACACAGGAGCAAAACCAUACAAGUGCAAGCAUUGUGGUAAGUUCUUCAACCGUUCAUCAAAUUGUAAGCAACAUGAACUUACACAUGCAGGGGUAAAACCAUAUCAGUGCAAGCAUUGUGAUAAGUGCUUCUCACGAUCAUCACAUGUCAAGCGGCAUGAAAGUACCCACACAGCAGAGAAACCCUAUUCAUCAACUUGCAAGAUGCAAGAUGCAGUUGAACAUAUUGACACUGGAGUUGCAAAACCAUAUCAGUGCAAUCAUUGUAAUAAGUGCUUCAGUCGUUCAUCAGUUUGUAAGCAACAUGAACUUAUACAUGCACGGGUGAAACCAUAUCGGUGCAAGUACUGUGAUAAGCGCUUUACACGGUCAUUUCAUUGCAAGCGGCAUGAAUGUAUCCACACAGAAGUGAAACCCUACAAGUGCAAGCAUUGUGAUAAGAGCUUUAGCAAGUCAGCAGGUUGCAAGGACCAUGAACGUAUCCACACAGGAGUGAAACCUUAUCAUUGCAAGUUUUGUGCCAAGAGCUUCAGGUGGUCAUCAGAAUUAAAAAAACAUGAAUCUACAUGCAUGAGUGAAACAUAA